GGCUGAACGGCACUGAUUAGGGUGCCCGAGCGCUCGACAGCCUCCUCGAGCGAUACGGGGCAGCCGGCCCAGCGAUUGCUCGGCCGCGGACCAGUUGCCAACGGGCUGCAGUCGGUGCCGGUUCUCUGUAACGCAAGCAAGUCAUGAUAGGAGCUGCCGUGCGAGGUCGCGCAAGUAUCCUGGCACAAGUGAAGGGCGCAGCGCCAAGCCUCAGAACAAGCCUGCUUUCGAUCCGCGGCAUGGCCGGGUAUCUGGUGGAGGACAGUAAGCAGUACGGCUUUCUGCGCGAGCUCGGCCUGGAGCGGGUGAACGCGGGCGUGUACGAUGGUUCGGGUUGGAGCGCGGGCCGCGGUGAGCUCGUACAGUCCGUGGAUCCGGCAUCGGGGCGCAUCAUCGCCGAGGUGGCGACCGGUAACGAGCAGGAUGCGGACCGGUGCAUUGCCGCGGGCGUGAAGGCGUACGAGGAGUGGCGCCACCUGCCGGCUCCGUUCCGCGGCGAGAUCGUGCGCCAGAUCGGGGACGAGCUGCGCAAGUACCGGGAGCCGCUCGGCCAGCUCGUGUCGCUCGAGAUGGGCAAGAUCCGGGCGGAGGGCGUCGGCGAGGUGCAGGAGUUCGUGGACAUCUGCGACUACGCGGUCGGGUUGUCGCGCAUGUUCGCCGGCCAGAUCCUGCCGUCGGAGCGGCCACAGCACACGAUCCUGGAGAAGUGGAACCCGCUCGGGCUGGUCGGCAUCAUCUCGGCCUUCAACUUCCCGUGCGCCGUGUUCGGCUGGAACGCCGCAAUCGCCCUGACCGUCGGCGAUUCGGUGCUGUGGAAGGGUGCCCCCAGCACGCCGCUCGUCAGCGUCGCGACGACGCGCAUCGUGGCGGAGGUGCUGCGCCGCAACGGCCUGCCACCGGUGGUGACGCUCUGCCAGGGUGGCACCGACGUCGGCAAGCGGAUGGCGGCCGACCCGCGCGUCAAGCUGCUCUCCUUCACCGGCAGCACGGAGGUGGGCCGCGAGGUUGGCGUCCAGGUGCAGGGCCGCUUCGGCCGGGUACUGCUUGAGCUCGGUGGCAACAACGCGCUCAUCAUCAACGACGACGCACCGGCCGAGAUGGCGCUCGAUGCCGCGUUCUUCGGCUGCAUCGGGACCGCCGGUCAGCGCUGCACCAGCACCCGCCGGCUGAUCAUCCACGAGCGGCUGUACGACGUGUUCCUGCGCAAACUGGUCGCCCGCUACACGGCCCUGCUGCAGCGCGUUGGCCACCCGCUCGACAGUGCCACGCUCUACGGGCCGCUCCACAAUCGGCGCGCCGUCGACGGAUACCGGGCCACGGUGCAGGAGGCCGUCCAGCAGGGCGGAGUCGUCGAGUGCGGUGGUCGGGUACUCGAGCGGGCCGGGUGCUUCGUCGAGCCGACCAUCAUCUCCGGGCUGGCGCACAACGCCCCGGUCGUGCUGCGCGAGACGUUCGCCCCGAUCGUGUACCUCUUCAAGGCGCGCAACCUCGCCGAGGCCAUCGAGUGGAACAACGAGGUCGACCAGGGCCUCUCGUCGGCGCUCUUCACCAGCAACAUACAGUCGGCGUUCCAGUGGAUCGGCGAGAACGGGUCCGACUGUGGAAUCGUCAACAUCAACACCUCGCCGUCCGGCGCCGAGAUUGGCGGUGCGUUCGGGGGCGAAAAGGCCACAGGCGGUGGCCGCGAGUCCGGGUCCGACGCCUGGAAGCAGUACGUGCGCCGCUCGACGAUCACCGUGAACCACUCGUCGAACCUACCGCUGGCGCAGGGCCUCGUUUUCGAGUGACACGGGCCCGUCCGUCUGUCCGUCACGGCACCAUCCAUCUAAUCACAAUAAAAGCUCCGUUCGGCUAGACCGUUGGCCGGAUCAACAAAACCUACUAUCAACUUGCCCCCUCCCCCCGCCUUCGUCUACGGUCCGAAAGUAUGGAUGUUUCGGAAGUUUUCUCAAAUCGCUCACAUGUGUCUGCCCGUUUACCUCGGAUUCUGAAAAUGGAUCCAUCACAAUUCGAUAGACAGCUGACUUGUUUGUUUUUUACCUGGCGAGCAGCAUUUCCCGGUUCGGCAGUUUUUCGGUUUUCCAGCUGUUCGGUUCAACACGUAGCGAUACGGCGUAUUGAAAGGCGGCCGCAGUGCAAUUUCGUCCAAAAGUUCAGUAUUGGUAGCUUCAAGCUCUUCCUCGAACUUUUGUCGAUGCCUUUUCUUCAACAGGUUGCAGCCAGGAGAGGAACCGAUGUCCUACCUCUUCACGGGUGCAUUAUUUACCACUACCUUUCUCGCAAGGAUUUCAAUAACACGAUUUCUUUUGUUUUGGCAUCCAUCGACCAUCGUGGCGCACCGACCGCGCGGCCCCCGUGUUAGUUUCUUCUUCGGUUCGUAGUUUAAUAUAAAUAUUCUGUCUGUGUGUGUGUGUGUGUGAAGUGAAUCAUAAGAAACCGAAGACGGCGAAGCGAAAAUCAAACCCCUUUCGUAGUUCAAAAAUGGUAAAUCAGCAAUUGAAAAUGAUACUACACAUUCAUAUUGUACAGAGUUACAGAGUUACUAUUUCAUGGGAUAACGUCCCAGGGUAUCAAUUAUCUGCUGGCGCUGGCGCCCCUACAGAGAACGUUUCUCACACGCACGUCUAUCUUGCGCCCCGCUAGGCGUUGGUAGGGGUUUUUUUUUAUAUAUAACAUAUUACAGUCAUGUAGUAAUGGUACAGUAACAAUAAGUCUGUCUUGUUUUAGUCACUACAUCCGAUCUACAGACGCGCGAGAUAAGGCGCUUCUAAAACGAAACAGAACGAAACUUAGGUUCACAUCUUUAUCCCUUACUGCGCUCUACACUUCUUUCUCUUUCGCUCGCUUGUUUUCAUUUGUGCUCUAUUGGUUGUUGCAUUUGUCGCGUUUGCAUUUACUUCCACAAUCUACUAUUUCAUUGUCGAUAUUACAUAGGAUCAACUACUGCUAAAUCAAUGAAUGUUUCCGCGUAUCAGAUAUACAGAGUACAGCGACUGUACGUCUUAGGCUGAUCCGUUUUGACGCCUAUUUUGAAAGUCCUAUUAUCUUAGCAUUUCAAGCAUGUAAUUUCGCACAACUGCUGCUAACCACGUCCCUGCCAGUCCGUAAACCUACCUCGAAUAAACUUAUUGUUCUUAAAUAGUAUGUAUAUUAUAUCAGUGUAUCCUU